AUGACUGAGUCAAAGCCUUCGUCCAACACCCUUGAGGAAUUUUUAGAAGAGGGUAUCUUGGACUACGGGAUUAACACCGUCGCGUCGAGUGUCUAUGACAUACCUCCAGCUACGCCACCGGCGCGUGACACCACGCGCGUCGCGUCUAAUCCAUUCGUGGAACGCGAGGAGGUACCUUCACCCCUUGCACAGCGUGCAGACGUCGGACCGGCGUUGGGUGUGUUGAACAACACUCUUGAUGGAGAUCAAGCUCAAUACCUUCACUCGGUCAAUGACCACAGGCGUCAAGCAUAUAAAAAGCCACAGCGUAUGCUCGCAGUGGUCACCGCUUCACACGACCGAGUGUGGAUGAACGCGUUCGUCAAACAGCCGGGCGGUCACUCGCAACAUGGGUCACGGUAUUCAAAGCUGCUACAGCCAAAGAGCGAGCGCGGGGGAAGUCUCUCAGAGCGAGAAACCUGGGAGUCGAGCGUACAACCGCCCAAGAUUACCUCGACAGGCUGA